AUGUCAGACUCGGACUUGCUACUAACUCCGAAGAAUAGAACUGACUCGGACUUGGACUUGCUCCUGUCUGGGAAUAAAGACUCGGACUUGGACUCGCCAGUCUUGGCAAUUUUACCAAGAGGUCCAAACGGCCAUUUGGCUGCACCGGCCUCUCCGCGUAAAGUCACUGAGUUACCGGAGCAUCAGCCCGUACCAGAGCCAAGUGACGUAGACUUCGAGGAUCCUAUUCUACAACAGGAAGACGAGAACUGGGAGCAAGCACGGGAAGCGGACUACUCGCAACCAAUGGGUGAGAACAAGCACAGAUGGUGGAAGGUCACCUGGUUCCCGGACUUCAUUGAAACAGAUAUGACAAGGAACAAGAUAAUGCAGUUCGUGGAUCACAUGAAGUACAUAAUGCAGAAGCUCCUGCUAUUAACCAAUAUUAUAUGCUGUAUAAUUGGCAUAGAAAUAUGCCCAAAAACAGGCAAGCUACAUACACAUAUAUUACUGGGAUUUAAGGACUCGGUGCGCUACAAAACUAUAAAAAAUAUUCUGCAGUACGCACAGAUUCGACAUCUCCUAACUGAUCAAGCAAUACUCUUCUGGUAUGACUACGUAGUCAAAGCAUUCUCAAAAAUUGAUCAUCCGAGUCGAGUGAUGAUGUGGGGCGCAGACGAAAUAGCGAAGAGAAGAGCAAAGGUACAAAGAUCGCAAAAAAGAUCGCACCGCGAAAUGUUCUUCGACAAUCAAAGAGCGAUUGAAGAAGGAAGAUUCGACGAUAUUGAUCCAUUAUUUCGAUUUGACCAUAUGAGCAAGAUAAACCAAUGGUAUGUCAACCACCAUCAACCUGCAGCGCCACUGGAUUACGACAGACUUGUAUUUAUCUGGGGAAGACCCGGAGUAGGUAAAACAAGUUUAUUUUCAAGAAAUAUGGAUCCCAGCGUAAUCUACUGGAAGAAUCCGGAAGUGAAAUGGUGGCUGGGAUACAAGGAUCAACCAAUCGUCAUUAUUGACGAAAUUGUACCGGAGACAUUCAGGGCACGCCAUAUCAAUUGGAAUUUAUUAGGAGAUCGAACGGAAAUAUUCGUGGAGAUCAAGGGAGGACAAGUACUAUUAAAAGCGAAAUGGAUCAUCGUGAUCUCCAACUACUCUCUAGACGAGCUCUGCAGCUAUCCAAGGAGAGGACUGAACGAAACAAUGAAGCAUACGUUCAAACGAAGAUGCGGCAAUGAUGAAGAGGGCUACAGAAUGUACAAGUUCCCGAGCGAACCUAGAGCUAAUAACGGCGACCGUUGGGAGGUCAGCAGAAGAGUGAAAGAAAUCUGGAAAGGCUGGUAUUCCUAUAUUAGACCGUAUUUCAGAGAUCUACUGCCGGAAGACGAACUACAGGAUCAAAUUGACACGGAAUAA